GCUCGGGUCGCUGUAAGUUCCUCUCUGCAAUCCAAAGAACACUUCCGCUCCUGAAUUGCCGGGACUUCGGGCUUAUAGGAGCCUUUUCUCCCCGCGUGUUUUUCACUCGCGCCCCUUUCUCGCCCACGUGUGCUAGCCUUAACGCUUCUUCUCCCCCUCGCCGGACAGUUGUUUUUCCCAACUUUUCACUUCCCAGCUAAGUGCCUCGCUCGUUUUCUCUCUCGUUCGUUUUGCGCUUGAGUAGUUCCUCUCUGUCCUUGUCGUCUCCUUUUCUGAAGGGAGGCUGACGUCGCGUCUCCCCUGGAUCCUGCUACAAAAGGCUUCCUACCUUACCCCUCUGCCUUUUGGGUCCGUGGGAAAACCCGAGAAGAGCCUUUUUCCUAAAAGAGGCCUCUGCCCGAGGGCAAUUUCAGCGACUUCGUGCCCGGAGUUCAAUGCAAGCUUGUUCGGCACUUGACGCUUAUUUACUUCUGCAUGUAAACCUCCUCCAAUUUUUCAAAGUAGCGGAGAGCAGAUAAUGGCAUCACAUCCACGCAGAGUUCGACUGAAACCCUGGCUAGUAGCUCAAGUAGACAGUGGAAUGUAUCCAGGUCUUCUGUGGCUUAAUAGGGAUGCAAAGCGAUUUCAAAUUCCUUGGAAGCAUGCAACUCGGCAUAGUCCUCAGCAUGAAGAAGAAAAUACAAUUUUUAAGGCGUGGGCUGUGGAAACAGGAAAGUAUCAAGAAGGGGUUGAUGAUCCUGACCCUGCAAAAUGGAAAGCCCAACUACGGUGUGCUCUCAACAAAAGCCGUGAAUUCAAGCUCAUAUACGAUGGUACCAAAGAAGUGCCAAUGAAUCCAAUUAAAAUUUAUGAAGUAUGUGACAUCCCACCAUCCCUGACGCCAAUUAUUAAUCCUGGUUCCACCGGUUCAGUUCCAUGGGAUGAGAAGGAUAAUGAUGUAGAUGAUGAAGAUGAAGAUGAAUUAAAUGAGUCUCAGCACGUAGCAAUACAGGAGAGUUUUCCAUUUCUUAAUAUCAAUGAUUCCCCAAUGGCUCCCGCCAGUGCAGAGACCUGUAGCCCUGAAGCUGUGUGGCCAAAGAAUGAACCUGAAGAUAUGGAGAUGCCAAUGCCUCCUGCCUUGCCAGCUCUACCGCAUGAUAUGUACAGCUCUCCUGAACUUUGGAUUAGCUCUCUUCCUAUGACAGAUCUUGAAAUCAAGUUUGAAUAUCGUGGCAAGGAGUUUGGGCAGACAAUGACUGUGAGCAACCCCCAAGGCUGCAGACUUUUCUAUGGAGAAUUAGGUCCUAUGCCAGAUCAAGAAGAACUCUUCGGGCCUAUUAAUUUGGAGCAAGUCAAGUUUCCAGGGCCCGAAUCCAUCCCGAAUGAAAAACAAAAGCUGUUCACCAGUCGACUGCUUGAUGUAAUGGACAGAGGGCUAAUACUAGAAGUCAGUGGUCAUGCUAUCUAUGCUAUCAGGCUUUGCCAGUGCAAAGUAUAUUGGUCUGGGCCAUGUGCACCUUCCUCUACCACACCAAACUUAAUUGAAAGGCAGAAGAGAGUUAAGCUCUUUUGUUUGGAAACAUUUCUAAGUGAGUUAAUUGCCCAUCAGAAAGGACAGAUUAGUAAACAGCCACCAUAUGAGAUCUACUUUUGUUUUGGAGAAGAAUGGCCAGAUGGGAAAUCAAAAGAGCGAAAGCUGAUUGUUGUUCAGGUCAUUCCAAUUGUAGCACGGAUGAUCUAUGAAAUGUUCUCUGGUGACUUCACCCGCUCCUUUGACAGUGGCAGUGUGCGUCUACAGAUCUCUAUCCCGGAUAUCAAGGAUAACAUUGUUGCCCAGCUAAAACAACUCUACCGUCUGCUGCAGAAUCACCAAGAAACUUGGCCAGUGCAGCCACCAAAUAUGCAGAUGACCCCACCCCUCACAGCACAGUGACAUCCCGGUAUCAGAUAACCAAGCAAUUGUCUGGAUGCUUCAUUUCUAGAUUGAAAUUAAUUGAAAUAAGAACACUUUUAAAUAUCUCUUCAGUAUAUGACAUUUUAAUGAGGAAUGUUGAUAUACAACGUAAUCUGUUUUAAAUAAUUUAGCAAAAGUUGAUCUAGUUAAAUACAUUUAGAAACACAUAUUUCUCUAGUCGUUUUCACUUUUAUACAUGUAACUAUAUAAAUAUAAAGCUUUAAACUUUUCCAUGUUUGCAUGCAAUGCUGUGGUGGUUUUUUUUUGUUUGUUUGUCUUUUUACUUACUAACUUCACUCCUGCUUUAUUCUUAGAGCAUUUUCACAACACAGUUUAAGUGCAUUGUUUUAAUUCAUACUCCUGUUGCUGCUGCUGCUGCUGCUACAUGUGAAAUAUGUAACCACUACAAACUAAAUUUCUUUCAAAUAGUGACCUGAUAAUUAGUAGUAGGCAGUUUUAUUCUAUUAAUGGUUGUUUGUUGUUGUAUUAUUUCUCUAUAAAUGAGAAAAUGCACAAAUUUUAAGCUGGAAAGCUUAGGAUGUUUUAGAAUUAAAAUUUAAAGUUAAAUUUUAAAGUUUAAAAUUUAAAACUAAUUAAAAGAGACAACAAAGACU